AUGUUGUACGACGUCUGGGAGGCCGCAAAAAGAGAUACAGCAAUUGGCGUGACUGCGGACUUGGAAAAGGUUCCCAGAGAAGAAGAGGGCCAAGCGGUUACGGUCGUGGACUGGUACGGCUCUGAUGAUCCGGCCAAUCCUGUCAACUGGCCUGGGUGGAAGAAGUUCAUGGUCUACCUGACCAUCAACUACUGCUCCAUGACCGUGUACAUGGCGGCAACUACUUACACUGUGUCGCAGACCCAGAUCAAGGAAAAGUUUGAUGUCUCGACGCUCGUUGCGGCGUCAGGGGUGGGGUUCUUCAUCAUCGGCUAUGGUAUCGGGCCUAUGUUCUGGUCGCCUCUAUCCGAGAUUUCAUCGAUUGGACGCAACAUACCAUACGUCCUGGGAAUGACACUGUUCAUAAUAAUCUCGAUCCCGACCGCCUUGGCAAAGAACAUAGGAGGACUCCUCUUCCUCCGCUCCUUGCAGGGCCUAUUUGGAUCGCCCAUAUUGAGCACUGGCGGUGCCUCCUUGACCGACAUUGCCGACCUGUACAACAGACCGUACUCUCUGUUCACGUGGGCCAUCUCAUCGCUGGCUGGACCAUCUCUUGGGACCAUCAUCGCUGGUUUCACCACUCCUGUCAUGGGCUGGAGAUGGACUCUAUGGCUGAUCCCCAUUGUUAACGCGCCGGGCCUCUAUAUGGGUCUCCUUUACGCCAUAUUCUACUCCUUCUUCGAGUUCUUUCCACUCGUAUACGGCAACGUCUACGACAUGAACCAUGGUCAAAUCGGGCUCAUGUUCCUUACAGUCGUCAUCUCCAUAACAAUCGCAGGAAUACCUUACACGCUCUGUAUUCACUUCGUCAUCAACAAAAGCCUCCGAUCUGGCAAGACCAUGACGCCCGAGGACCGCCUGCUCCCAGCCCUGGUAGCCUCCCUUCUCAUCCCCGUCGGCCUCUUCCUCUUCGCGUGGACGUCCCGCCCGUCGAUCCACUUCAUGGUCCCCACGAUCGGCGUGGGCCUCUUCGCGUCGUCGCUGUUCAGCGGGAACGGGUUUGCGAAGGCCAUGGUUGCGUUCUGCGGCGUGCUGUGA